AUGGCUACAACCUCUGAGCCAAUAGCCCAUCCGUCAGCGGCUCGCACCACUGUCACCGAAGCUCAAUCUCACGACUUUCCACCGUUGAAUCCUCAAGUUGGUGAAAGCUCAAUGACUGGACUAUUGGAUACAGAAAUCAUGGGUGUCCUCGAUGACGCGCUCAUGUCAGAAAGAAAUGUAGGAAUGGAUAUUACUCGCCAAUCGCUCUCCCAGCUGGGCACCUUGGAGACAUCUGCCCCUAUGGACCAGGAUCAUGCAUCGUUCUAUUUUUCGCCAACGCUCAAUUUCGAUAUGGACCAUUCCGCAUUCGCCUUCUUAUCUCUCCCCGAUCAGUCUGCCAUCCAGGAUAGUGGUAAUCAGUCAUAUUCUCAAUCGCACGGUAACUUGAGGCUCCAACAACUACCAAUCGAAGAAGGCGGUAUCUACUCCACAGCCGACAAUCCUCUGUCUGAGACUCAGCCUCUUGCCGGUGUCGGGGCUCUAGGUCAGUUUAUGGACGACCGAAGCACGCCCAAGUCUCAAGCAAGUAGCAAUGGCCUUCCCGCGCUACAUGAAGACCGGCAAAUAUAUACUCCUGCUGCGUUGGAUGAAUCCGCCUAUCAGUCGAUCCUCAACGAUUUAUCUAUCCGACUCACUAAAACCGUCGAGAGUAUCCAGCUUCCUCCAGCCAGGGUCUGUCAAAGCUUUCUCUCAAGCUACACCACCAACUUUCAUUGCCACCUACCUCUAAUUCAUCUGCAAUCAUUCUCACCAAGAGCCACUCCAAGUCCCUUGAUCCUUGCCAUGUGUAGUGUUGGUGCUCUUUAUCGCCUAGACCGCCGUCGUGCAAAUCGACUACAUGAACUGGCCGUGUCGGCCAUUGAAACUGUAGCUUGUCCAACACGGGACAGCGAGAGUAUUAUGGUCAAGAAUACCGACCUCUGGCACGCGCAGACAAAGCUCCUUUUGAGUUUUUAUGCCAUAAUGAGUGGCGACAAGGAUUUGUUAUCUGGCACUUUGCGGCUGAAUGGCUACUAUGUCCUGCUAUACAAAAGAACGAGAACAGCUCUAGCGAGCUCCAGCGUGGAUGUAAGCCGGCUAACAUGGCACCAAUGGAUCGAGCGAGAGUCAUGGAAAAGACUUCUGGGCGGCUUGUUCUUUACAAGCGCUCUUACCAUGGUCUUAUUCGAUGUCAAUCCAGGCUUCAAUGCGACCCAGGACUUGGAAUUUGAGGCUUUCCACGAUGAGGCGAUGUGGGACGCGUCUUCGGCAAAUGAAUGGCGACAAGUACGUCUGGCUAGCAUCAAGAAACACCCUGCACAGCAUCAUCGGACCAUGAAGGAAGUGUUGGUAGAUGUCAUGCUUGAGGGUAGAUAUCACAGUGACACCGCGCCGUACCAGGUAUCGGCUUUCUCGGCACUGAUCCUCAUGCACGGCGUUGUGGUUCAUAUGUGGCAAAGAUUGCAAGUCACCCACGCUAUAUGGUCGCUUGAUGGUCCAGACUUGCUGGGGUCCUCGUUGAUGGAUAGCUCAAUGGCUAUUCUGUCGAGGUGUGAUGCUUUUUUGAAGCGUGCUGGAUCUGUGACCCAAAGCCUGGACUCUGACGAACAUGACGAGACAUCUUUGGUCUUCAACUGCCAGGCAGUUUUGCGGAUUGCUUACGUCAGCCUGUUCAGGACUGUCAAUUCCUCCGCCCACAUCAGCUUGAUGAGCACAGAUGCUGCCGAGAUGGAUGACGCCAUUGUCUCUUUCGUUGCUGGCGAACUUGACCGAUCUCCGCAAAUUUUGAAUGCUGUCGUUAAAUGCUUUGAGGGAUUGAGAAUACCCGUGAAAAUGGGAACAAUGCUGGUUCGAAAAACGGCCGCCUUCCGGUGGAGCGUCGAACAUGCUAUCUCUGGCUGGGAAAGCGCUCUAGUAGUAACGAAAUGGGUUCACGCUGUCGAGAUGAUGAGUUCCAAUGGCGUUCAACUGGGUCCUGAAGAACAGAAGCUACUCACCCUUGUCCGAGAAGUAUUGGAGGAAGCCGAGUGCGAACUGGAGCAAAGUUCCUCCCUGGCUGCUGGAGUUGCGAGAACAUGGGGUUCAUUCUUACAAGAUGUCUGGAUUUGGGGCAUUACCCCACAGAUGGGUGCAACUCUCGGAUUGCUGGCCAACGCCUACGAAAAGGCGUUCAACGCUAAUCGGCGGUCUUCCGUCACAGUGCCCAAUCAUUUAUGGUAA